AUGGAACAUGAAGAAGAAAUUCUUAAAAGCACUGAUGUUAAAUAUUUUGAACUAUUAUCCGAACGAAAUCAUAAACAAGCUGAAUCACAAUUUUAUCGUUUAUUAAGUGGACAUGCUACAGCAAUGGUAGCGAAAAACGAAUAUAUCUGUUAUCCAGUUUUAAUCGAACAAUUUAAUAAAGCACGUGAAGAACUAAAGAAAAAACGUGGUGAAGAAUAUUCUUAUCCAAUUUUGGCUUUUCAUGGUACAGCUAUGACUAAUAUUCAAGCAAUAUGUGAAAAUGGAUAA